UCUGUCCCUGGACUCUGUUUACUUUCUCUUCUUUGCAAAGGAAGGCUGUCUAGCCAGGACUGUGGGGCAUGCUGGCCUUUGUCAGGGAAAUUCUCGUGACCAGAUCCUAACUUUGAAGGCCCUUUGUUCCUAACAUCAGUGUGGACGAUGCUCUUGCAGGAUGCCUUUCCUUUUGGGUCUUAGACAGGAAAAAGAAACCUGUGUGGGUACCAACAAUCAAAGCUACACCUGUGACACAGGACACUGCUGUGGACAGUCUCAGUGCUGCAACUACUACUACGAGCUCUGGUGGUUCUGGCUGGUGUGCACCAUCAUCAUCAUCCUCAGCUGCUGCUGCGUCUGCCACCACCGCCGAGCCAAGCACCGCCUCCAGGCCCAGCAGCGGCAGCAUGAAAUCAACCUGAUCGCCUACCGAGAAGCCCACAAUUACUCAGCGUUGCCGUUCUAUUUCAGGUUUUUGCCAAACUAUUUACUACCUCCUUAUGAGGAAGUGGUGAACCGACCUCCAACUCCUCCCCCACCAUACAGUGCCUUUCAGCUGCAGCAGCAGCAGCAGCAGCAGCAGCAGCUUCCCGCACAGGGUGGCCCUGCAGGGGGCAGCCCCCCGGGCGCCGAUCCCACCAGGGGCACCCAGGGGGCGCAGUGCAGCCCCUUGUCUGGGCCCAGCAGAAGCAGCACGAGACCCCCCAGCAUCGCCGACCCCGAGCCCUCCGACGGGCCCACCGACCACGCUGCCACCAAAGCCCCUGGAAUGGAGCCCAGCAGCUCCGUGGCCGGCCUGGGAGAGCUGGACCCGGAGGCCUUCCUGGACAAGGGUCCCGACAGCAAGGAGGAGCUGCUGGGCGAGUACAGCCCCGAGCAGGGCGGCGCCCUCCCCGACAACAAAGACAAGACGCCGGGUCGGCACCGCCGCUUCACCGGGGACUCCGGCAUCGAGGUGUGCGUGUGCAACCGCGGCCUUGACGGCGACCCCAAAGAGUUCAGCUCGCUGAUCGAUGACGCCCUGGACGGGCCCCUGGACUUCUGCGACAGUUGCCAUGUGCGGCCCGCGGGCGACGAGGAGGAAGGGCUGUACCCACCCUCCGAGGGGCAGGCCCGAGAGCUCGGGCACCCCCACCUGCCGCAGGCGCCCGCCUGCCUGCUGCUGAACACCAUCAACGAGCAGGACUCCCCGAGCUCGCAGGGCAGCAGCACCCCCAGCUAGAGCAGCGGCCUGCGCUUGAGAGCCUGGCAGAACAACCUGGGUAGGGGCAUCCGUCACCAGAGAAGCAUUAACCGGACUUUAGAGGAGGGGGUGCAGCCACUCGGUGUUCUGUUGUUGUUCCCCACCACCACUGUUUGCCCACACCUCCAGGUACAUUUCUGGGUGUGGGUGGCACUGCCCCACAAAAGCACAGGGUUAUAGAGAGCUGAGAAGUUGGUUCUGUGACUCAUUCCUCACAGCCACCCCCACCUCCUCCUCGUCUUUUCCCCUUUUCAAAUCUGACCUCGCCCACUUGUUUGGUCAGAGAAAGGUGUGUCUGGAAAACCCCUACGAGGGUCUCGGGCCUGCACCUGGAGAUGAUUCUAGGUGGGGGAGUGGAUUUAUUCUCGAAUUUUCAGAUCAGAGAACCUUGCUGUGUCUCAGCCACCCGCCCAGGGAGGGUCUCUCCCAGCUGCCAGCAACCUCGGGGCUGAGACCAAGAGCGAGUGGGCACUUCUGUGGUAGGUUCUUGGGGGCUGGCUACCCAUUGCUCUCUCCAAUACCAGGUGGCCGGUUAGGGCGGCACCCUGCCUCCCCCGGGCUCUGGCUGGUUGCAGGCUGGUUCAGCCGCGGAGGGCUAUCCUGCCUUUUCCUUGGUUUUUUUUUUCUUCUCAUAAAAGCAGACAACAAAGGCGAGCUCAAAACAAGAGCCUCCCAGUGGACAGGCAAGAGUUCUGUUCUGGAAGGGACGUUUGGAUGCUUUCCCUAGUUGCCUUCAAAGAGCCUGGCUGCAGCUGAGCCAGAAGGAAGUUGUUUUGUGUGAAGGCCUGGGCGAGAGUGAUCUUUGGAACUACUUCUGCAGGUGAGCAGGAAGCGCUCAGCCAUGGCAGCGGUUGGAGGCCUGGCGUCUGCCUGGGCCCAUAGGUGACCCAGUGCCACCCCAAGACUCGGGUUGCCCAGUCCUUCCCAGCUCACUGCCCUUGGUGAACAAACGGACGGAUGGAGGGGCCCCAGGCAGUCGCACAGUCUGGCUCUCACACAGUAUUUUCUCUUUGUUUUUGAAUGUUUGGGGUUUUUUGUUUUUAGUUUUUGGUUUUCUUCUUUUUUUUAAACUGACCACUUGGAAGAAACACCUUGGUUAUCUGUGGUUUUCAUGCCCCUGCCUUUUUGUUGUUGUUGUUGUUUUUAUUUUGGGAUGAGGGGACUCGUUUUGGUAUCUCCUAGUAAAGAAUCGACGUGGCCCAGGCAGAGGGUGAAGGCAGCCAUCCUGAAGGCCUGGGGGAUCCUUAUUGCCAUAGUCUGGCCCUCCGAGCACGUGGAUAGGAGCCCUCUGAAUGCAGAGUGCCAACUGCCAACAGGAACAGCCCCCGGCCAGCAUGCUGCGGAGACGUUGAUGUUAGGGUCAGAAAGGAAACUGCAUCCGUUGAUGUUAGGGUCAGAAAGGAAACUGCAUCCGUAUCUAUGCAUAGGCAUACACAGCCAUAGGCAGAUCCAAGGCUGGGAGGCAAACAAGUGUCUUGUGUUUGGAUUCCACAAAACCCAAAUCCAUCCUGAACCAAGUGGAAUCUGAAUACAGGGAGUUUUUGGAUGGCCUGUGUGCAGUUGUCCACUGUGUGUCAGCCCCAAGCCCUGUUUUCCUGUGAAUCUACUUUGAAGCCGCCAUUCUGCCCGGGUUGCCCACGACGCGCGGCGCACAUAUGGCCCUCUCAAAGUAACUUAUUUUACAUAUUUACUGUUUACUGCGCAGAUGUCUGACCGUGUACUAGGGCAUAUUCAGCAGCGUUGUCAACGGCGGUCCUCUGUGUUUGCCAGAGACACUGUGCUCUAAGUAGAGGUUUUACUCUACCCAUCACUGCAAUUUGCACAUUGCUUUGUGGACGCUCGGAGGCCUGUGUUCCAUCCCCUGGAACUGGGCUCCGAUUGGGUCUGCCUCCCUCGGCUGCUUCCAGCCCUGUGAGCUAGUCCCUUGCUGGUGACCACAACCAUGCACUGGGCCAAAGGCGAAGAUGGAACUUCUACCAGAAGCUUGGUUGGAUCUUGAGUGAUACGCUUGGACAAGCCGCUGCCCACAGUUGCCAGGAAGGGCUGGCAGAUGCCACAGUGCCACAGGGCUUUCCCCCCCUCGGCUGCCUGCGGCCCCACCGUGCAAGCUGCCGUGUGGCCGGGGCAUCACCAGCCCUCAGAUGCCUUUUCUGCCACUUCUUCCCCCCCCCCCCCCCCCCCCAAUCCCGAACAACUCACUGAAUUGUCUCAAAGGAGCACACGUUUUACCAAAACAAAUCCUUCUUCAGUUAACUGAGCAAAUGGAUGGAUGCUGAGCCUCUGGAAGCUUCCUCAACCUGUAAGUGCUGACUGUCGGGUCCCCCUGCAGCAUCGUACCCUAAAGGCAUGAGAAGAAGAAAUGCAACUGGUGGAGGUGGGCUUGGUUCCAGUGGUAGCAGUCUGGCCCCUGCACAGCGCCUGCCCUGCCUCAGGAGACCCGGGAACCGGGCUGUUAUUGGAGUAGUUAGGGCCAGGGAGAUUUGAUGAGCUGGUUUUACCCGGUGGACGAGAAGAAAGGGGCUGGUCAAGGGCUCGGUGCUACCGUCGGAGGAUUUGCAAACGCUAACACAUUCCUGUGUGAGGCACGUCACCGUUUGUCAGUUAUUGUGAAUAUGUGUAUUUUAAGCAAUAAGACUCAGCUGGUCAGACUUUCCUGGGCAGUCUCAGUGAUGCAUUUCCUGUGCUGUGAUUGUUCUGAAGACAGAGUGGCUCUAACCACUGUGAGAAGCCCAAAUAAAAAUUUUUUAAAAUCUA